AUGGAACUCCGUCUUUUGAUGUUCUUGGCGAUUGCCGGGAAAGCUUUCACGCAAUAUGUAAGCACAGGCAGUAUUUUCCAGUCAGUUGGCACCGCCAGUUCGAUGACAAACAGUGAAUCUGAUGAUUUCGUUAUAGACAGUUCGUUCUUUGCGUGUGACCGUGAGAAGAGCUGUCAAAUUAUUGUCAAAGCGAAAACUGAUAAGAAGUUCAGUAAACUGGAUUCACGGCUAACCAAAGAAGAAGAAAAGGCGUUUACAUCUGUUUAUGUCAAAGAAAGAAAUGAUACAAUGUUAUUUAAUGAAUUUUGGAGAAGACUUACGUUACAAAACCUGACAGAGGCACUCCCACCCGGAUUCUGCAAAAGGUAUUUUCCAGGCCCGCCAUGGCUUGUGUUCCAGCGUCGCAUUGACAAUUCUGUGGACUUCAACCGCAACUGGAACGCGUAUAAACAGGGAUUUGGGGAUGUCACCGGUAAUUUCUGGCUUGGGCUUGAAAAUCUACAUUUACUAACAGCCUCCGAACAAGGAGCAACAUUGCGUGUCGAAUUUAGGCACGUUAGCGAUCCGUCCAAGUUGUUCUAUGCUCAGUAUGCCGACUUUAGCGUAUCAAACGAGGCUGCAGGGUAUCGCCUUAACACUGGUUCUUUUACCGGAAAUGUAGGUGAUUCCCUUAAGCCUCACAACACAAUGAAGUUCUCUACAUUUGACCAAGACAACGAUGCAUCCAGUUACCAUUGCGCUGAAAAGCGGAGUUCUGGCUGGUGGUUCAAAACAUGCCAAAGGGCAAAUCUAAACGGACAGUUUCCACCAGUACCAUACACGCAGCAGGGAAUGAGUCACAUGACUUGGUACGAUGCAAAUAAUGAAUUUGGAGGAGUGUAUUUCUCUGAAAUGAAGCUAGCCUGCCGUUGAGAAUCUGCUAUAUACAACUAGUUUAGUCUGUCGUGCAUCGCGUUUGUGGUUCGUUAUUGUUAAUGAUAAUGUCUUUUGAUGUUUGCGUCAGUCCAUUUUGUUUGUCAUCGUGCCAUCUCUAUUUUAGUUGUUUUUAGUCAUUUGCCGUUAAUUUGUGUCAUUAGGGUUUAAUGUGCGUCACUCGUGUUGUUAAAAGCGUAUGUUUUUUCGGUGUAAGUCCAGGCUAGUUGAAGUUAUCGUUGAACGAAGUUGUUAUUUUGUAAUUGUAGCCUGUUGCUAAUUAUACGAUCGCUAUUGAAGAAUCUUGGUUUUUUAAAAACGUUAUUGCGAACUGGGGUCUGGUUUAUGAGCUUUACCUGCCCUGUAAAAUAAGUUAUUUUACAUUGGUGACCACGACGUGACAACUCGCGGCCUUCAUUUGGAGCUGAAAAAAUGAUGUCAUUGGAGCAAUCGAAAGAUGUUUUAUUAGAGAUCGUCACAGAAGUAAUCGCUUAUAUGGGUGAGAAGAUAAGGCUGGCUGAAGACAAAGCAAUUAGUUUCUAAUAAGAUAACGACAUAAGGACACGGGGUAAUGUGACGUCACGUGAUUAAUUAAAACUAUUUCACUACUUAAAACGCAUUUCUUCAAGGAAAAAAUAAAAAUAUCUUGCACAUUUCACUGUUUAAACAAGACCUACUGUAUUAAAAACGUUAUUCAAGCCACGUUUUCCUUCUCGGAGGAUAAGCAGGAACUUCUCUUGAUAUAACCCACAUUAAACCCCCAAAAAUGCAACAAUUCGCCAUCUACCAUCGCAAUUCAAUAUUCCCAGUUGCCAAAGAACUCGAAACCGAUAAUCAAAACUUCCCCGCCCGGAAGUAGUACCCCCUGCCAUUUCCGCCUGGUCUAUGAAGGCAAUUCGGACCACUUCUGCACAGUCCAGUGUAACAAGCCCAGUGAAAACUGGUUGAAACCAUUCCUGAUUAAAAAUUCCCGGAGAAAAGCCUUCAUUCCCCACUUAAAUACCGUCCCCGUUGAUAACUGUCCCAGGUGAUAACUGUCCCGAGUGAAAGCCGAGUGGGAUCCAUACCCGAUUAAACCCGUCCCUUGUGAGAUCCGUCUCAGGUGAGAUUCGUCCCCGGUGAAAACUUCCUCGAUUGAAAUCGUCCCCGGUGAAAACCGUUUCCAUUGAGAACCGUCCCCGAUGAAAACUGUCCCGUGCCCACAUGUAUCUCCCUCGCGAAUACUGAUUAUAAUAGAGCACGUGUUUAUAAUCACAGUUCACAUCACGUGGUAUCAAUGUAAUAAGCGAUCAGAUCUUAUCAUACUGUAAUAGGCCAUCAAUCAAUGUUGUAUAUAUCUGUUUACGUGCGUAGUAAAAAGCAACCUUGUAUUUAGCAAGUUUUCAGUGCAACUAAAUAUUAUGUGUCGCAGGUAGUGCACAAGAGAAUGCAAGUUUAGUAGGGUGUAUUCUUACAGCAUGGUUCUUUAAUUAGUUAAUUAUUCUAAUUUAUGCAAUGUAAAAUUAAUAUGUGCAUAAAUCACAACAUUACAUUAAAGAACACACAUAAUGUGCAGGGUACGUUAUCUUUGUUCUUCCUCUUUAUAAUGUAGCGCGUCUUAGAUGACACCGCUCGAUCCCAGUUCAUCUUUCUUUCACGGAAGAACAAUAGAAAGUCCCGAAGCUAAGAAGACAACAUCUCUUGGAAAAUUUUAAACUUUGCUCUAAAAUUUUUGGUUUUGCUCCUUUCUGUUUUAGUAUCGUACUUCAGGUUUUUAAGUAUUGUAUAUUUACAUUGUAAAUUUGACACAUCAAGGGAAAUAGAAUUUAAAAUAAUGUAAAAGAGUAUUAAUUGCGAGGGUAGAAUGGGUUAGAAGGAGGUGUAUAGCAUAUCUUGUCAUGUUUAGAUGUUUAGAUCUAUUGCAACUAUUUACUUCAGUCUAUUUUAUGUUAAUGUUUAUUUUAGUUUAGAUGCAUGGCCCUUGUAAACGAGCAUUGCUGAACGGGCUACCAUGUUUAAAUAAUUGAAAAAGAAAUGGAAACAUGAAUGGAAUGAAAGUUUAUUCAUAGGCAAGCCUACUCCCCUUGUAACGGAGAAGAAAACGCACGAUAAACAUCUUGUUUCACUCCUAAACCCGCAUCAGAUUGCGUUAUUUGGGAAUAAAGCUGAAGAGCCUAGUCCUUAAAUACUUUCACAGCUUCAUGGCACUAGAGAAC